AUGGAGCAAGACGACCCGCAGGUGGCGCGGCUCGCAAACGACGAGCUCGCCGACGUACUCCGCCGUCUCGCGCCACGCUGGCUCGCCGCAUCACGCUGCGUCUGCAAGGCCUGGCAGACCGUCAUCGACGACCGCCGUCUCCUACGCGCCGACCUGCUCCCGCUCUCGCUGAGCGGCAUCUUCGUCCACCUCGAAGGGCACAGGUUCGCAGAGCUCUUCUCCCGCCCCUCCUCCUCCGCGGGCCCUGCCAUCAGCGGCAACUUCCUCGACUUCAUUCCCUCCACCCUCACACCAAGCUCGACACCAUGGGUCGAGGACAGUACCAACGACUACAGUAUUAGCGAUCACUGCAAUGGGCUCCUCCUGCUCCAGAACUAUGUGGUGAACCCUGCCACGCGACGCUGGGCUCCUCUGCCCCCGCGCCCGUCCGACGACGCGGAUUUCGUCGAGGAGUUUAUCGUCUUUGAUCCCACGGUAUCACUCCACUAUGAGGUUUUCAUGGUCCCUUUUGUGGUUCGCGUACGUCCGAGAGAUGACGACGGAUCUGAAUGGCCACCGCCAGUAUGGUUCAUGCAUUGUUUCUCCUCAAAGACGGGCAGGUGGGAGGAGAAACCUUUCGUUCGACAAGGGGAAGCAGCAGGGAUCAUUGCCGAUAUGGAAGUGAACAUGGCGCAUGACUACGCCGCCUACUGGCGCGGUGCACUCUACGUGCAUUGGCAGGAUCAUUUUCUACUAAGAUUUUAA